GCGCUGAUGAUCUGUGUGCAGUUAAGUACAGGUGUCAGUAGAGGGCGCUGAUGCGUAGUGUGCAGUUCAGUACAAGUGUCAGUAGAGGGCGCUGAUGAUCUGUGUGCAGUUAAGUAUAGGUGUCAGUAGAGGGCGCUGAUGAUCUGUGUGCAGUUAAGUACAGGUGUCAGUAGAGGGCGCUGAUGCGCAGUGUGCAGUUCAGUACAAGUGUCAGUAGAGGGCGCUGAUGAUCUGUGUGCAGUUAAGUAUAGGUGUCAGUAGAGGGCGGUGAUGAUCUGUGUGCAGUUAAGUACAGGUGUCAGUAGAGGGCGCUGAUGCGUAGUGUGCAGUUCAGUACAAGUGUCAGUAGAGGGCGCUGAUGAUCUGUUUGCAGUUAAGUAUAGGUGUCAGUAGAGGGCGCUGAUGAUCUGUGUGCAGUUAAGUACAGGUGUCAGUAGAGGGCGCUGAUGCGCAGUGUGCAGUUCAGUACAAGUGUCAGUAGAGGGCGCUGAUGAUCUGUGUGCAGUUAAUUACAGGUGUCAGUAGAAGGCGCUAAUGAUCUGUGUGCAGUUAAGUACAGGUGUCAGUAGAGGGCGCUGAUGCGCAGUGUGCAGUUCAGUACAGAUAUCAGUAGAGGGCGCUGAUGAUCUGUGUGCAGUUAAGUACAGGUGUCAGUAGAGGGCGCUGAUGAUCUGUGUGCAGAUAGGUACAGGUGUCAGUAGAGGGCGCUGAUGAACAGUGUGUUUUUCUUACCAUUUUUUUCUCCUGAGCUAAAGUUUUUAUGCCGCAGCUUUCCUUCUGUUUCGUGAUAGUAGGCUGAGAGUGAAGAUGGCGGCCGGCUCGGAGCGCAGUCCGCCUCCCUUUCCCGACUCAGAGGAUCAGGACCCGGAGCCUGAGUUAGGCGAGGACGAGGACAGCGAUGAAGGAGCGGACAUUUUCACCGGCCCUGCGCUCUCUCGUGCACCAGCGGAUCCUCUUGUUCGCGUGAGCGCCGGUGAGCCUCCUAAAGACGUCUUCAGUCCAGCCCUAGAAGAUCCUCUGAAAGACCCGAGUCGGGCGAAGUCUGAACCCGAGAAGGCCGCUGGAGGAGCUGCCGGUGUGGAGGUCGACCUGUUCGCCGAUCCUUUAGGCGAGUCCGGAGCUCCGCCGGCCACUGACAAAAACGCAGACCCUCUGAAGAGCGAGAAGAGUUCAGCGGCACGGCGCGAGAUCUUUGGCGCACCUCAGAACGACGUCAGGAAGUCCGAGGACAUUUUUGAAGAGCCGCAGGAAGACGGUACGAUUACUAAAACGGCACCCGGACCUCUAGGUGGCGCUGCAGGUGGGAAGAAAGCACCCAGCGCCGACCUGUUCGGAGAUGACGAUGACGACGGUGCCGAUCUGUUUGAGGAGCCUCUGCAGGUGAAGAAACCUCUGGCGAAGGAAAGCAGUAAAGGGCGUGCUGACCCGUCUAAAGACGCCGCUGCUGACCUCUUUACCGAGAAGGUCGUCGGAGUCCCUGCUGCGGCUAAACCGGGCCCGGACCCCGGCUCCAGAACCAACGGGCUGCACUCAGACGAGGACGAUCUGUUUACAGAGGCCACCGUUGAGCUGUCUCUGGACAGUCCUCGUAAUGACCACCGGAAGAGACAAACACAGAAGACCUCAGCACCGGCUUCCUCUCUCGCGGCUUCAGCGAGCGUCUCCAAACCUCAGCAUAAAACACUAGAGGAGCAGGAGGAGGAAGAGGAGAAGGAGGACAAAUUUGAUUUGAACAUUUCAGUUACAAACCCAGAGAAAGUGGGUGAUGGUAUGAAUGCCUACAUGGCCUACAAAGUCUCCACACAGACGACGUUGCCCAUGUUCCGCACUAAGCAGUUCACAGUGCGCAGGCGCUUCAGCGAUUUUCUGGGUCUCUACGAGAAACUCUCAGAAAAACAUUCACAGAAUGGACACAUUGUGCCUCCGCCACCAGAGAAGAGCAUUCUGGGAAUGACCAAAGUGAAGGUGGGAAAGGAAGACCCGUCAUCAGCUGAGUUUGUCGAAAGGAGGAGAGCUGCUCUUGAAAGGUACGUCCAAAGACUCGUGUGUCAUCCGUCUCUGCUGCAAGACCCCGAUGUGAGAGAGUUUUUAGAGAAAGAGGAGUUACCCAGGGCAGUUAGUACCCAGACGCUGAGUGGAGCCGGAUUCCUCAAGAUGAUCAACAAGGCCACUGACGCAGUCAGCAAGAUGACCAUCAAGAUGAACGAGUCAGACGUCUGGUUUGAAGAGAAGCUGCAGGAGGUCGAGAGUGAGGACCAACAGCUGAGGAAGCUUCACGCUAUGGUGGAGUCCCUCGUUAACCACAGGAAAGAGUUGUCUCUGAGCACAGCAGUGUUUGCUAAGAGCGUGGCAAUGUUGGGUAGUUCGGAGGAUAACACCGCGCUCUCACGAGCCCUGUCCCAGCUAGCCGAGGUGGAGGACCGCAUCGAGCAGCUUCAUCAGGACCAGGCUGCUAAUGACUUCUUCAUCUUCGCCGAGCAUCUUGCAGACUACAUCCGCUUGCUGGUUGCAGUCAGGGCUUGCUUUGACCAGCGGAUGAAGGCGUGGCAACGCUGGCAAGACGCUCAGAACAUGCUACAGAAGAAACGAGAGACUGAGGCCAAGCUGCUGUGGGCCAACAAACCUGACAAACUUCAGCAAGCCAAGGACGAGAUCACAGAGUGGGAGUCUAAGGUCAGUCAGUACGAGAGAGACUUCGAGAGAGUAUCCGCCACCGUACGAAAGGAAGUCCUCCGGUUCGAGAAAGAGCAGGCUCGGGAUUUUAAGAAACAAAUCGUCAGGUAUCUGGAUUCUCUGUUGAAUUCACAGCAACAGCUGAUCAAGUACUGGGAGGCGUUCUUGCCAGAGGCAAAAGCAAUUGCAUGAUGGCGGCGUACACAAAUAAACACACACAUGCAUACACAGGCCUGCUAAAGACUGAGUCUGCCUUUUCUAUACUCUUUACCUCUUGCCUAUAAACCAAGAGACGUAAUGCAAAGGGAAAGAGAGAAACAAUCGAUAUAUAUUUUUUUUCAUUAAUCACCACAAGCUUAUACUCUUUGAUUUAACUCUACUGUUAAGUUUUGUAUUUUUUUUUUUUUUUUACCAUUUAACCUCCAGCUUUACUUUUUAGACGGAGCUAGUUUUAGGGGGUGUGAACGUGCGGUGAUGGGACAGGAGGGGUCUGACACGUUCUUUUUUUUUUUCUUUCUUUCUUUGUUCAGAAAUAGUAGGUGCCAUUAGCGUGAAUAGAGUUCACACCACGCAGGGGAAGACGAGGGCGUGUCGGACGCUGAGAUUUAGCACGUCAGCAGUGCUAAUAGUUUACAGUAGUGGGCCCUCUCCCUCCAAACAUAAAAAAAAAAAAAGAUAUCAGUUUCUACCCUUCCAUAUGUUUGAGUUGUCUUCUGCGCUCCCUCCUUCUCCAUUCCACUCUGUCUCGUGCCCUAGAGUUUGUACACCUGGCUGUCGCGUGCCUCUGCUCCGUGUUCUGUGUUUUGAUUUGAAAUAGUCCCACAUCGAAGAUGAGUGUUUAACGAUUCGUUUCCUCGUUCGGAAGAGGAGGUGUCACGGUGGUGUACACUGGUCGACCUUAACCGAAAUGGAACGGAGAAUCGGAGAACGAGACGACCGUAGCGGACUCUCUAAGUUAAUUCACAUGAAUUCAGCUUUUUUUUCUCUCUCUCUCUCCCUUCAUUUUUUUUUCCAGACAGUAAAACAACGUACUAGAAGCUGAAAUCCUCCGUCAAGAUCUGACGCCUUUUACUCCUUCAUGUAGGUGACAUUCCGCACUUUGGCCGCACUUUCGACGUAUACGUUUGUCUUUAAAAGAAGAUCUCGGAUAAAUCGCAUUAAUAAAUCGUGUACUUAAGCACUUAUGCUGCCAAGCAAUGUUACUCUGGAAAAAGUUGCCUGUGAGUCUUUCCUAAAACUGUCCCUUUUUUUUUUUUUUUUUUUUUUUUUUUUUUUUUUUUUGUGUGUGCUGCGUGUUUUGUGUCCGAGCCACCGAUAUCCGUGAAAUUAAUGAAACCGCAUUUAAGGCAGUGUUACAAUGCAAAUUAUUUACGUUCGUUAAUUGUUUAAGCAGCGAUCUAGGCCUUAACAUUUUCAUUUGUAUAGUUUAAUCCACCAUCAUCAGCACUUAUCACGAGUUUGUAUUUUUUUUUAGGUCACUUUUUUCUUUUUCUUUUCCUCUUUAAAAAGCGAUAAUCACGGUAUGUGGCAUGUCUGAACGAUUCUCUCUGUGGUGGUUGACGGUCAGUUUGUCUCCAAGAUGCUGCUGAGCUAACAGAAGAUGUUGUAUUUGAUAAGAAUUAUCUGCAUAUCAUUCCACCCUUUAAUAAACAAUAGAGCGUUGGGAUUUUUUCUCUUUCUUUCCCCUCUCGUAUCGUAACGUCGGACCCUGCGAGUGAGAAUCCUAAGGGAUCGUGCUGGCUUGUCUGACGUGUUAGUCUUUUGAACUGCCAUAAAUGGUUUUGUUUGUUUGUUUGUAAAGGUUUGUUUGUUGGUCUGUAUUUUUUUUUUAAAUCUUUCAACCAAGCCAGUAGAUAUUGCUUAUGCACACCUUCUGUUGAGAAACACAAUAAAGAUAGUUUUAAAGAA